AUGGAAUCUGAAACUAGUCCAAUGUUUACUAAUUCACUUAUGAUGGAACCUUCGACAAAACUUAAUGGUAUUACAUCGAUUGUACGAGAUCCAUCAAGGUCAUCAGUAGCCGAACUUAGACGAUUAUCUAGUCUAAAAGGCCGUAUUCGUCUUCAAAAAACUGGUGAGCGACGUAAUUCACGUAAUUGGAUGGAUCAACAACGAAAAAAUCUUCAGGCAUAUGAAUACUUGUGCCACAUUGGAGAAGCUAAAGAGUAUGCAUAUGCAUCAGGAGUAGUUAUGCCAAGUUUUGCUAAUGUUGGAAAUAUAUUGUCGGCUGAAUUAAACGAACCUCCACCCAUGGAAAUGGCGGAAUCAGAAGAAGUGUCAAACGAAAUGUCAAACGAAAUGUCAAAAGAAAUGUCAAAAGAAAUGUCAGAAGGAAUGUCAGAAGAAGAAACAAUUGCACGUACUUAUAUUGCAAGGAAAAAUUUAUUGGAAAGGCGCGCUUUACAUGAAUAUUCUUUGCCUUUUAUAGUACAACUUCAGUCACAGAUUAGGGGAUGGUUAGUACGUGUAGAAUGGAAUCAACGAUUAAGUCAAAUGGAAAGAUUAGAAAAAUGGGCUGUAAACCUUCAGUCCCUUGCACGUGGCGCGUUGGCUCGAUCAAAAUUUCGUGAUAAAUCUGCUCAUUAUCAAAAAAAUGUUGACAAGAUUAUUAAAAUUCAAAGUUUAUACCGAGCUAAACAUGCUGGUGAUGCUUAUAGGAUAUUAGAAAAUAAUCCUCCUGUGACAACUAUAAAAAACUUUAUUCAUUUAUUAAAUGAUAGUGAUUUUGAUUUUGAUGAAGAAAUUGAGUUGGAACGUUUACGCCAAGCUGUCAUUCAACGUAUUCGAGAGAAUAAUCAAUCCGAAGAUCUUUUGAAUCAACUUGAUAUAAAGAUAGCACUUUUGAUUAAAAAUCGUAUAACUAUUGAUGAAGUCUUGGCCGUAGCAAAUCCAAAAAAACGAAAUCGUCGUCUUUCUCAACUUAACUCACCCCAAAGUCCUUUCUCAUUAAAAUCUCUUGAUAAAGUAUCACAUCGUCGUUUAGAACUUUAUCAACAAUUAUUUUAUUUAUUACAAACUCAACCAAUAUAUCUUGCCAAAUUAUUUUUUAUUAUGAACAAAAUGAGUUUCCCUGAUAAAACCAAAAAAUUAGUUGAGGGAGUAGUAUUGACAUUAUUUGGUUACGCUCAAAAUGCAAGAGAGGAAUAUUUAUUACUUAAAUUAUUUCAAAAAAGUAUGAUACAAGAAUUAGAAAAUAUGGAUUCUUUACAAGAAUUUUUACGAGGAAAUUUCAUGUUUAUGAAAUUAGUUGUACAUUAUAAUCGUGGAGCAAAAGAAAGAAAAUUUCUUAGAGAUCUUCUUUCACCAUUAGUUAAAAAAAUAAUGGAUGAUGAAUCAAUGGAUUUGGAAACUGAUCCUUUAAAAAUUUAUCGAAAUUUAAUUAAUGUAGAAGAAUUAAGAACUGGUUUACCAUCAAAUCGUCCAUCGGAUAUUUCUCAACAAGAUGCUUUAAAUGAUCCGGAAACUCGAACUGUUUUUAUUCAUCAUUUACAACGACUUCGUAAAGAAACUGAAACUUUCUUAACUACUAUUACUAAUUCGAUUGGAAAAUUACCUUUUGGUAUUAGAUAUAUUGCAAAAGAAUUAAAAAAAUCUUUGCUUACCAAGUUUUCUUCGGAAAGAUUUGAUGUUAUUGAUACUGUUGUUAGCCCAAUGCAACGUAAAAAUUUGGCCGAGAUUUCAAAAAUGUUGAACCAAAUCUCUGUAGGAAAAUUAUUUAGUGAAGAUAAUAUUUAUCUCCAACCAUUGAAUGAAUAUGUUGCAUAUGCGGGAGAUAGAUUUUUAAAAUUCUUUAAAGAAGUUACGGAAGUUGGUGAAGCAGAAUCGUUCUUUGGUAUCGAUGAAUUCGAUGAUCUAACCAAAACCAAUAAGCCAAUCAUAUAUAUUUCACCAAUUGAAGUAUUUUCAAUGCAUGAAUUAUUAAUGCAACGAUUAGAAGAUAUAGCACCACAACCUAAUGAUAUAUUACGACAAAUAUUUAACGAACUCGGUGAAGCACCACCUAUAGAAGAAGAUCAAAAUGAUGCUGGUACAAAGGAAAUAUCAUUAACACUUACAAGUAGAUUGGCUUUAGAAGCAAUGAAUGAUCCAGAUGCAGAAAUUAAACAUUUAUUUGUUGAAACUAAACGUCUGGUAUUAUUAGUAAUGCGAGUUCAAAAUGGUGAAAAUCUUUUAGAUAUACUUGUAAAAGCAGUUACAGAACAAGAUGAAAAAGUAUAUGCAGAAAUUUGUAAAGCUGAUAAAAAAAAGAAAGAACGUCAAUCAAUAUAUGGUUCAAAUGAUCUCUCAGAAAUGAAAUUUUUAGAUUUAAAGAAAUUAACACUUCAGAAUAUAUUAAGGCUUGAGAAAGAAAGAAAGAUUUACCGAAAGAAUAAUUACCAAGAACUGUUGAAUGCUAUCGCUAUUGAUAUCAGGAAUAAACAUCGAAGGAGAGUGCAAAGGCAAAAAGAAUUAAGGCAAUUAAGGCAAACGUUGGUGAAUUUGGAUGAAAAAAGAGUACACCUUGAUGAUCAGAUUAAAACUUAUAAUGAUCACAUUGAUGUUUGUAUGCAACAAUUGACUAAUAAGAAAGGAGAACUUCAAAAAUCUGGUAAAGUUCCUCGGUUUGGUUCAUUCAAGUAUACCGCUCAACGAUUACGUGAAAAAGGUGUAUUACUUUCUAUCAGUGGAUAUUCAACCUUUGAUAAGAUUAGUUUUACAAUAUCAUCAGAUGAGGUGGGAAUAUUUUCAAUAGAAGCUUCAUUUGCUGGCGUUCCUGUACCUGGUGCUUCAAUGGAACUUAGAUUGGAAGAUUUAUUACAAAGUCAAUUUAAUAAUACACAAGUUAUGAGUCUUUUUGAUGGUGUCGCUAAAGUUAAUGUUAAUUUAUUGAUAUUUUUGAUUAAUAAGAAAUUUUUUGUGUAA